ACCUGUUAACACAUUCAGACACACUUCCCUCUCUGCAUUUGCACAGCUUUUGUCACCUCACCAGAUUUCCCCUCUGCUUACAGAUCCUGAAUCAUAACCUAAGAUACCGAACCAACACAUUAAGAACAGGAAGCCGACAUUUGAUGUAGAGCAGUCUGGCAGAAUGGAAGCAAAGAAAGGAAGUUGCCUGAUGCAGGAGCCUGAGUGAGACCCACGGACUCGCAGACCCAGCCUACAUCAUGAACUUAACUUUAUCUUCUUUGUGUUGAGAGCCAAGAACUAGUGAAGUUACUGGAGAGCGAUGGCUCUCUUUACUCCCUGGAAGUUGUCCUCUCAGAAGCUGGGCUUCUUCUUGGUGACUUUUGGCUUCAUUUGGGGGAUGAUGCUUCUGCAUUUCACCAUCCAGCAGCGAACUCAGCCCGAAAGUAGCUCUGUGCUGCGGGAGCAGAUCCUGGACCUCAGCAAAAGGUACAUCAAGGCACUGGCAGAAGAAAACAGGAAUGUCGUGGAUGGGCCAUAUGCUGGCGUCAUGACAGCUUAUGAUCUGAAGAAAACUCUUGCUGUGUUAUUGGAUAACAUUUUGCAGCGCAUUGGCAAGCUAGAGUCGAAGGUGGAUAAUCUUGUUAUCAAUGGCACAGCAAUAAACGCGACCAACUCCACCACAGCUGUUCCCAGCUUGGUAGCACUUGAGAAAAUUAAUGUAGCAGAUAUCAUUAAUGGAGCUCAAGAGAAAUGUGUAUUGCCUCCUAUGGAUGGCUACCCACACUGCGAGGGGAAGAUCAAGUGGAUGAAAGAUAUGUGGCGUUCAGAUCCCUGCUACGCAGACUACGGAGUGGAUGGGUCCACCUGUUCUUUUUUUAUUUACCUCAGUGAGGUUGAAAAUUGGUGUCCUCAUUUACCUUGGAGAGCAAAAAAUCCCUAUGAAGAAGCUGAUCAUAAUUCAUUGGCAGAAAUUCGGACGGAUUUUAAUAUUCUCUACAAUAUGAUGAAAAAGCAUGAAGAAUUCCGCUGGAUGCGACUACGGAUCCGGCGAAUGGCUGAUGCAUGGAUCCAAGCAAUCAAGUCCCUGGCAGAAAAGCAAAACCUUGAAAAGAGAAAGAGGAAGAAAGUUCUUGUUCAUCUGGGACUCCUGACCAAGGAAUCUGGUUUUAAGAUCGCGGAGACAGCAUUCAGUGGAGGCCCUCUUGGUGAAUUAGUUCAGUGGAGUGAUUUAAUUACAUCUCUGUACUUACUGGGCCAUGACAUUAGGAUUUCAGCAUCACUGGCUGAGCUCAAGGAAAUCAUGAAGAAAGUUGUAGGAAACAGAUCUGGUUGCCCAACUGUGGGAGACAGAAUUGUGGAGCUCAUUUAUAUUGAUAUUGUAGGACUUGCUCAAUUCAAGAAAACUCUGGGACCAUCCUGGGUUCAUUACCAGUGCAUGCUCCGAGUCCUUGAUUCCUUUGGUACUGAACCAGAGUUCAAUCAUGCCAACUAUGCUCAGUCCAAAGGCCACAAGACCCCCUGGGGAAAGUGGAAUCUGAACCCUCAGCAGUUCUAUACCAUGUUCCCUCACACCCCAGACAACAGCUUUCUGGGGUUUGUGGUCGAGCAGCACCUGAACUCCAGUGACAUUCACCAUAUUAAUGAAAUCAAAAGGCAGAACCAGUCCCUUGUGUAUGGCAAAGUGGAUAGCUUCUGGAAGAAUAAGAAGAUGUACUUGGACAUCAUCCACACAUACAUGGAAGUGCAUGCCACUGUCUAUGGCACCAGCACAAAGAACAUUCCAAGUUACGUGAAAAACCACGGCAUCCUCAGUGGACGAGAUCUGCAGUUUCUUCUCCGAGAAACCAAGUUGUUUGUUGGGCUUGGGUUUCCUUAUGAGGGCCCAGCUCCCCUGGAAGCCAUUGCAAAUGGAUGUGCUUUUCUGAAUCCCAAGUUCAAUCCACCCAAAAGCAGCAAAAACACAGACUUUUUCAUCGGCAAGCCAACGCUGAGAGAGCUGACAUCCCAGCAUCCUUAUGCUGAAGUAUUCAUCGGCCGGCCCCACGUCUGGACUGUGGAUCUCAACAACCAGGAGGAAGUUGAGGAUGCGGUGAAAGCGAUUUUGAACCAGAAGAUCGAGCCGUACAUGCCGUACGAGUUCACAUGCGAGGGGAUGCUGCAGAGAAUCAAUGCUUUCAUUGAAAAGCAGGACUUCUGCCAUGGGCAAGUGAUGUGGCCGCCCCUCAGUGCCCUGCAGGUGAAGCUGGCAGAGCCCCGACAGUCCUGCAAGCAGGUGUGCCAGGAGAACCAGCUCAUCUGUGAGCCAUCUUUCUUCCAGCACCUCAACAAGGACAAGGACAUGCUGAAGUAUGAGGUCAUCUGCCAAAGCUCAGAGCUAGCCAAGGACAUCCUGGUACCUUCCUUUGACCCUAAGAAGAAACACUGUGUGUUCCAAUCGGACCUCUUGCUCUUCAGCUGUGCAGGCGCCCACCCCAGGCACCAGAGGAUCUGCCCCUGCCGGGACUUCAUCAAGGGCCAGGUGGCCCUCUGUAAAGACUGCCUAUAGCAGCUGCUUCCUGGGCGCCACACGCGUUCUGAAAGCAAAGACAAAGAUGGUGGUCCAGUUGGCCAGGGCCAGGGUCAGAAGUUAUUGAAGGACUCUGGCCAGAGCCGGAAAAAAAAAAUUGAUCCUUGGUUAGGCUUGGGUACUGCUCCCACUGUGGCCAGCGCAUCCCAGUUUUCACCAGAACAAAAGGAGAGCAGGCCAGGCCAGGAUAUAGUUUCUAUUUUGUGAGGAGCCACUGUAGGGAGAUUGUCCCUGCAACUGCUCCAGGGUUUAAAAGAAAAAAAG